ACGUUUGAGCCACUCACGGUUUUAAACACGGUUUACUAAUGUCCCAUGACCACAACUUUAUUUAAAUUGUUGGUGAUCGCUUAAGUUUUGUAAGAGAAGUUCAUACUGAGGAAAGCAAGGUUCAAGGAAGUAUCAACUGAGAUGGCACCUUUGAUGUUUAAAGACGCUUUCUGGGGGUCCGAAUUCACUUGUCAUGCCGGGUAUGACACUGUGAUCCAAAGGUUACGGGAUGGAAGGCAAAUGUGCAAAGAUGUGGAGGAGCUUUUAAAGAUGAGGGCAUUAGCAGAGGAGAAGUAUGGAAAGGAACUGGUGACUAUUGCUCGCAAAGCUGGAGGACACAUAGAGAUCAGCACCUUGAGAGCAUCCUUUGAACAACUAAAAACACAAAUCGAGAACAUCGGGAACUUUCACAUCCAGCUCUCUGAUAUAUUGAAAGAGGAGGUGAAAAAGAUUGAGACAUUCAGAGAACGGCAGAAAGAGCAGAGGAAGAAGUUUCAAAGCAUCAUGGAGAAGGUACAGAAGAAAAAGGUUUCUCUGUACAAGAAGACCUUGGAGUCUAAGAAGAACUACGAGCUGAAGUGCAGGGAGGCGGACGAGGCAGAACAGGGAGCUGAGAAGACUGUUACAUUAAAAAACGCAGACAAGGUUCGUCACAGGGCCAAGCAAUGCAGACAGGCCGCCAAAGAUGCAGAGAAGCUGUACCAAACCAAUGUUGUUCAGCUAGAAAGUGUUCGCCAGGACUAUGAAGAAACACACAAAAGCACAUGUGAGGUGUUCCAGCAACUGGAGGGAGAUCGCAUCAGCAUGCUCAGGUAUGCUCUCUGGGAUCACUGCAAUCAUUUCUCCAUGCAGUGUGUCAAAGAUGAUGAGUUUUACGAGGAAGUGAGGAAGGUACUGGAACAGUGUGACAUCACGACAGACAACAACUGUUUCAUAGAGAUGAAAGGCACGGGAACGAGGCCUCCAGAGCCCAUACAGUUUGAGAGCUGCUACCAGACUGAGAUGUCAGGGGACAGCAAUGGCCAAGCUCAUUUCGCAGGAGGAGAUGACAUGAUGAGGAGGUGCUCUGAUCUCUUACUCCCAAGUUCUGUGAGCGUCAGUGUGGAAAGUCUGCAAAACUCACAAUCAGCAUUGACAUCUAUUGGCGGGUCUUCAGCUGAGAUUUCCGAUGGAGGAUAUGCACCCCUAUUAGGCCUCCGGUAUGCAGCGUCAGUGGCCACAGUUCCAUCUGAUGAAAACAGCUACAUUGCACUUUAUGAAUACGCUGCACAGGCACCAGAUGAAUUGUCUAUCAGUAGAGGGGACGUGCUCCGAGUGAUGGAACAAGGAGAAGAUGGCUGGUGGAUGGUGGAGAAGAACGGGCUGAGUGGACUGGUACCAGGAAACUAUCUGGGCAAAGUCUGAACACACACGCACACACAAACAAUACAAUACAGACAAAUACACACAAGAAUGACAACACACAUACUCACACACACCGAAACACAUGCAUGUGCAUAUGCUUAAAAAUACAGGCAAGUAUGCAUCCUGUAUCAGACUUGUAAAGACACAUCAUCACCUUAAACACACACUCUCUCUCUCUCUCACACACACAGCACCGUCAGGCUUUCUAUACAAUGCAACAGUCAAACUGAUGUUCAAACUUGUUCAACCUAAUUUAAAAAUCUAGUGUCCUUUAGGUUGUAGUUUAGGUUAUUUGAGCAAUUUACAAACGUUAUGAGAGGUUUUCAUUUACAGAGUAAAACUCUUCAAAAGGAUUUCUGAAUUGAUCAGGGGAAAUAAUAUUUAUUAAAGACCAAUUGUAACCCUGCUACCUCAUACGUUGUACAGCGGUCAUUCUUUAUGUACAUACAGUACUCUCUCAUUGGACUGAAGAAUGAUUUGGUGUUGCAGAUUUGGAUAGAGUGUAGAAUGGCUUCCAAUUACAUUUCUCAUCAAUAUGUAAUAUUUUCAACAUUUGUGUCUGCUGCUACUGUAAUAGUAGAACUAGUAUUGUACUAGUGAAAGCUAGGUUCUGCAUUACUGAAUUCCAGAUCAUCAGAUCACAGAUCACAAUUGCUAAGAAAAUGUAACUGGAUUGGUUGACUUAAGCCCUGUAUUUGCUGUGAUAAAUCAAGAGUUACAUGUGUAUGGUGUAAGCCAUUUUGUAGAUGAGUACCUAUCUCUACAACAGAGGUAAUAAGUGUCAGAAAUGGCCUUGGACUGUUGCUCUUCCUAAGUUCUUAUAAAUUAUAUGCCAUGUGUAAAUCAGGAGUGUAACUGUGUAUUAGGAUGAUCCAAUAAUUUACCUGAAAUAAGAUGUAUGUUGAAUUAGCUUGUGGUUUGUAUUUUUCUCUCAGGUUCUGUAUGUGUCAUUUCCUUUAUGUUUUUGUAAGUGUUUACUGGGGAAGAUAAAAGAUAUAUCUGCUGUCCAUACAGUGUUUCAUGUGACUUCUGGAUAGAAGUCCUACCACUAACGUGGUAGGAGCUAGUGGAGAUCAAAAUAGACAAAUCACAUAUCUGUCAACCGAUGGAACAUUUGUUUAUAUCAAAAUGUUUCAUGUGACUGAUUUAUAUUCAUAUCAAAUAAUUUAUGUAUUAUAUGUAUGCUUUAACUGGUAACGUAUUGACUUGGGUAAUGUUAAUUAAACAGUCGCAUUGAAAUGUA